AUGGACUAUUUUGGUCGACCGCUGUUUUGUGGUGCUAUUGCUGGAUUGGCUGUAGAGUUAACACUGUAUCCACUGGAUACGAUUAAGACUAGACUACAGAGUUCCAAGGGAUUUACUGCUGCAGGUGGAUUACGAAAUGUCUACCGUGGUAUGAGAUCGGUGGUCAUUGGUUCUGUACCGACAAUCGCUGUGAACGCAGGUGCAGCUAGUUUUUCGGAAGUUGUUGCUUGUGUUAUACGGGUACCUACCGAACUGGUGAAACAGCGUGCGCAAACAAAGCACGGCCAUGAUUUGGGCAUAAUUUGCCGAAUGAUUUAUAAUCGAAGUGGAUUUAUUGGAUUUUAUCAGGGUUUCCUCAGUACCGUAUUUCGAGAAAUUCCAUUUUCGCUCAUCGAAUUCCCUCUUUGGGAAGUUUUAAAGCAAAAGGUGGCAGGGACCCGAAAAAGGCAGUGCACGCCGCUAGAAUCAGCAGCAUGUGGCAGUUUAUCGGGAAGUAUAGCUGCAGCCAUGACGACACCUUUUGAUGUAGUGAAAACACAGAUAAUGUUAAAUGAAAGCACUUCACAUUUUGGGAUCGCCGCAACAUUUGUAAAAAUAUGGACAACAUCCGGAUACCGAGGACUUUAUGCUGGUGUGUUGCCUCGUUCCGCUUGGAUGGGUAUCGGCGGCUUUAUUUUUUUUGGUGUUUAUGAGGCGGCUAUGUCGCUUACUAGAAACUUAUUUUUCUAG